AUGGACGGCGGGUCGCGGGCAGGAGGCGGGAACAGGCGCAGCGGAGAGUCUGGCAGAGUGCGGACGGUUCCGUCACGACAGGCGACGCUGUUUGGCGAGGAGGAGGUCCGCCCCUCGGUCAUGGGCCACAUGACCGUAUUUGUGGGCGAGCUGGCCGACCUCAAGCUGCCGGCGGCGGUGGCCAGCAUGCAAGGCGCAGACGGAGACGGCGGCGAGGAAGGCGGCGGGCGCGGCGAUGGCGAGUGCGCAGACAACGAGCCGAGCCCGGCAAGCUUGUUGAGCGGCGGCGAUGGCACGUCGGUGGCGACCACGACCAUGUCCGGCACUGAUGCUGCCACGGUCAGCUCGUCGACGCACAGACUCGCAGCGGCGGCUGGCCGCAUCCCGACCUCGGGAUACGUCCGGGUCGGCGUGCGGAAUCUGAUCAAGCGGACACGAGUUGUCCGCCUCAACGCCGAUGGCUCGCCGUCGGCGUGGAACCAGGUGAAACACAUGCCGGUUGCGGUCCCGCGCUCGGCUGCGCACCCGUUCGGCCUCGUCUCGCUCGUGCUGUACGGGCAGAUCGGCUGUGCGGGGCAGGCGACGUCUGGCGAGGACGAUAUCGAGCUCGGCUCGGUCCUCUUCAAGCUCCACGACGUCAUUCGCGUCCAGCGCGUCGUCGGCUGGUUCCCGCUCCGCGCCGCACACUUUGAGAUUGGCUCCAUCUACCUCGAGCUCACCUUUUCGUACGGCCUCUACGGCUACGGCUACUCGCCGCAGGUCAAGGUGCCCAACGGCGUGGCCGGCGAGGACGCAGUCACCCGCCGCUCCGAGGGCACCGGUCGCGCCACCAUGGUCCCAUCGGCGCAGCCGGCGCCACCGCUGCUGCCGGUGCCACAACCGGCAGCCAUCGGCUACGCUCCCGAGAUGGCGGCGGAUGUCCAGGCGCUAGCUGACGCUCGCGGCGCCGCCCCGCGCUUCCCACUCGUCGCCGCCGCCAUGUCGCGUCUGCCGCACCUGAUGUCGGCGCUCGACUCGGCCGGUUCGCGCCAAGAGCGGCUCGGCCUCCUCCACGCCAUGAUCACCUCGUCGGCCGUCCAGCCCGAAGGCACCGCCGCCGAAACCUCCGCCGAGCGCACCUCCGCCUCGGCUCGCCGCCACCACUCUGCCGAGCAGACUGCGGCCUUUGCAGACUACUUUAAGCCGCUCGUCCACCGCAGAAGCGGAGCGCUGGGUGAUGAUGCGUCGACGUCGCUCGCUGCGCGAAACAGUGACGCCCGCAACACAUCCAGAGCACAGUCGUUCCACGUCCCGUCGGCCGGCGACACCGACGAUGUCACCGGUCUCCGGCGCACCUGGAUGGCGACCGGCGCCGGCGCGUCGCCGUUCACCUCGUCUGAGGCCGUCCUCUCCAGCUCGGCCAUCGACGAGGCUACGCGCAGCCACGACCUGCGCGUUGGUGUUCCACCCAUUGUCAUCCCGCCGUCGACCGAGCCCGCCAUCCGCCGCGUCUCCGACUCCCCACGCGACGCUGCCGGCGACGUCGUCGCAGCUAGCAUCGUCAAGAACGGGGCCGAGCCGCACCACGGCCUUGUCUUCUCCAACGAUCUCCUCCCGCGGAACCGGUCCGUGGUCACGGCCGCAUUGCACUCGGCCGUGGCCUCGGCCUCGGACAUGGAUUCACCGCGGGGACACACACCGCGGGUGGCCGCGGCCACGGGCAUGACCGCCCGCCAGCGUGCUCACUCCUCUCGUCAGCUGAUGCAGAUGGCCUCUGGCCGCUACGCGAUGCAGCGCCGCUCCUCUGUCUCCAUCAUGGCCGAGCGCGAGGUGCUCCAGCCCGAAGCCUCGAACGACGCCAUGCAGGUGGCAGAGCCGUAAA